AUGGUACAUUCUCCUACGAAACUGAACACAAGUGCACUUGAUCCAACUUUACCCGGUCGAUUUGCACCAGAUGCAACAGUUCGUAGUAUCGUUACUCCAUUAAUGGUUGAAGAAUGGAUUAAUACAACAUCACACAAGGCAUAUUAUGAUCGAUGUCAACCGAUCACAUAUGUACUUGAUUCAGUUGUUGCUAGUGAACUGGUUGAUUCGUUCGGACUCGAAGAGUUUGUUGAAUCGCUUGUUUCUGAAGAUGUACUUGAUUCAGUUGUUGCUAGUGAACUGGUUGAUUCGCUCGAACUCGAAGAGUUUGUUGAAUUGCUUGUUUCUGAAGAUGUACUUGAUUCAGUUGUUGCUAGUGAACUGGUUGUUUCGUUCAGACUCGAAGAGUUUGUUGAAUCGCUUGUUUCUGAAGAUGUACUUGAUUCAGUUGUUGCUAGUGAACUGGUUGUUUCGUUCAGACUCGAAGAGUUUGUUGAAUCGCUUGUUUCUGAAGAUGUACUUGAUUCAGUUGUUGCUAGUGAACUGGUUGAUUCGCUCGAACUCGAAGAGUUUGUUGAAUCGCUUGUUUCUGAAGAUGUACUUGAUUCAGUUGUUGCUAGUGAACUGGUUGUUUCGUUCAGACUCGAAGAGUUUGUUGAAUCGCUUGGAGUCAGAGUGUUUGUGAUAUCACUUGGGCCCGAAGAGUUCGUUGAAUCCCGUGUUCCAGGAUAG